AAAAAAAGAAUAAAAAAAUGAUAAUUCGUAGGUUAAUAGUUAAAAUUUCAGGUGUUCGUUAACGUUCAUUCUGGUUUUACAGAAUUACAGCAAUUGGAUCGGAUAAUAAAGGACUGAAUACACAGGAAAGAGUUCUAUCUCUUCUCUUUCCUUGGGUUUCUUUGUCUGGUCCAAGUCGCUUUAUAUAAUAUUGAAAAGCAAAAAAGAAAACAAUUCUAGGGUUUUUGAUUCCAAUUCCAAUUUCAAUACCAGUUCUCUUCUUCUUCCUUUCCUUGUCAUCUAUAAUAAUACCUCUGUUACAACCUUUGCUACGACGCGCUUUUGAUUGUGAUCUAAAGAAGCAGAUUGGGGAUUCUACUAUUUGACUAUCUAUAUCAGAUAUGGGACAGUGCUUAUGCUUGGAUAAGAGUCAAGGGGCAGAUGAUGCUGAUGAGCAUGUUGAAUUUGUUGGUAGUAAUGUGCACCUCGUUACUACCAAUGAGACCUGGGAACAGAAGCUGUCAGAAGCAAGUAGAGAUGGCAAAACUGUUUUGGCAAAUUUCAGUGCAACAUGGUGUGGCCCUUGUAGAAUGAUUGCGCCCUUCUACCGUGAGCUAUCUGAGAAAUACCCGUCUCUAAUGUUCCUGUUGGUUGAUGUUGAUGAAUUACCUGACUUCAGCACCUCGUGGGAUAUCAAAGCAACUCCUACUUUUUUCUUUCUUAGAGAUGGGCAGCAACUUGACAAGCUUGUGGGGGCCAACAAGCCGGAGCUACAGAAGAAGAUAGCUGCUGUUUUAGAUGCGACAGCUUAAAGGGGGCCGUGAUUGUCGGGGAGGUUCCAGUAUGUGAAAGGGCAGUAAGUAGCAUCUUUAUCCCUUGUGUGUUCUGUAUUUUGGUUGUAAUUGUAAGCCAUAUCUGUAGAUUUUGCCCUGUAAAUAUACAACUGCAUUAAAAUUUUGGAAUCAGGAAACCUGGAGAUCAGCAAUAUUAUUGUAUUCUUCUUGUAAUUUUGCCUUGGAAAUGUGAAAUUUCUUUUCAUUUUGCUGUCUA